AUGAAACAUCAUCUUGUUGGAACAAAGGAGAAUGUCAUUGCUUGUACAUCUGUUCUUGAUGAUGUUAGAGAAAUGUUUUUGAAGUUGUUAGAAGAUAAAGAAAAAAUAAAAGAAGCAAAUCGGGUAGACUGUUUUGAAGAAACAGAUAUUCAAUGUAGUAAGAAGGGGAAACAAGGAGUUGCAAAACAGACAACCAUAAAUGAAAUGUUUAAAGAUAGAGAGUUGGUGAUUCAAGAUAUUUGCAACUGCAUAUAUGGGAAUUCUUUGCCAUUUAAUUUGGUAAAAAGCUCUUUAUUUUCCCAAAUGUUGAAAUCUGUUGGGGAAUAUGGAAAGGGUUUAAAGCCUCCAACUUAUCAUGAAGUUAGAGUAUCUUAUCUGAAAAAAGCGGUUGACAAUAUCCAAGCUAGUUUGGAGAAAUAUAAGGUUGAAUGGGAAAAAUGGGGAUGUACUUUGAUGUGUGAUGGUUGGACAGAUGGAAAAGGGAGGUCUCUUACCAACCUUUUAGUUAAUAGUCCAAGCGGAACAGUGUUCUUAAAAUCUAUUGAUACCAGUAAUGUGAUCAAGGAUGCUAAACAAAUGUUUGAAUUGUUAGAUUCUGUGAUUGAAGAAAUUGGGGAGGAUAAUGUCGUGCAAGUUGUGAUAGAUGGUGCUUCUAAUUUUGUGGCAGCAGGAAAGAUGUUAGAAGAGAAGAGAACUAAACUAUUUUGGUCUCCGUGUGCAGCUCAUUGUAUUGACUUAAUUCUUGAAGACAUUGGUGAACUUCCAGUAUUUUACAAUACGAUUGCAAAUGCAAAAAAAGUCACAACUUUCAUUUAUAGACACACAUGGGUCCUAAAUUUAUAUAGAAAAUAUUCUAAAGGAAAAGAAUUAGCUCAACCAGCAGUCACAAGAUUUGCAACUGCUUUUCUAACCCUUCAGUGUAUAGCACAACAGAAAAAUGCUCUUCGAGGUAUGUUUGUUUCAGAAGCAUGGACAACUAGUAAACAUGCUAGUAAGACUGAAGGUAAACAAGUAGUGAGCAUUGUUUUAUUUGAUGUUAGAUUUUGGAAAUCUAUGCAAUAUUGCCUGAAGUGUGUCACUCCACUUGUAAAAAUACUAAGGCUUGUGGAUGGAGACUCAAAACCUGCGAUGUCAUAUAUUUAUGAAGCUAUGGAUAGAGCUAAAGAGCAAAUAGCUGCAAAUUUCAAGAAUGAAGAAUCUCGUUAUAAAAAGGUAUGGAAAAUAAUUGAUACUCGUUGGAAUUUGCAGUUACAUAUACCUCUUCAUGUUGCUGCUUACUACCUUAAUCCUAAGUAA